GCAAGUUCUGAGCUGCGGCUCUCCAAGUCCAACGGGUCAAGCUCCUUGGAGACCACCUUCGAGGAGGCGAAAGCUGCGGAUGCGGUGCUUGUGAUUGAGGGCAUCCGCCCAGAGAACUUCCUGGACGAUGCCGACAGUGGUCUGGACACGACAUUCCAGCAGUUGGCAUUUCACAUCGAGCGCUUCUCUGGUGUCGUGCUGCUGUUGGUGACCUCGGAGGAUGUGUUCCGCCUGCAGCUCCUACCGCAGGAGUUUGCCCGCUUGAUCAAGUUCAUGGUCUUUUUUGACCAUCCCAGCGCCGCGCAGCGAAAGGCACUGUGGCGCUCAGCGCUGCCACCGCGCGUGCCUUUGGCAUCGGACGUCGACUUCGAGCUCGGUGGCCGCUUCGACCUCAACGCCGAUGCCAUCGCCUCGGCCGCCUUCCGCGCGGCGGCCGCGGCAGUGCUGCGGCAGGGGGAGGAGCGACAGGUGCUGCGCGACCUGGUCACUGCAGCGGAGCUGGAGCAGUCCAUCAUGGACAAGUCAAAGAGCGCUGUAAGCUGUCGGCCUUGUGUCGAGGAAUUCCUUCGCAAACACCGCUACACCGAGGUGAGCAGCUUCCACAAGGUUUACUUGUUGAAGGAAGAGCGCGAGAGGAGAAGAUCUUGGAAAGGCUGUGAGCGGCUCUGCUUGCAAGUUCGAGCGGCAGAGCUGGAUCGCCUCUUCGUUCCCACCCUGACCUUGGAUGGCAUGGAGGGCUCUUACCCGGAAAUGUUCAACCAGCAUCCGAAAAACAUGGGCCUCUGCUUCAGCAUUGCGCCCAGUGGGCGGGAUGUGUUGCUUAUCGAGGCCCAGGACAGGCUGAGCAACGAGGACUUGGAAGGCACUAUGUACUUCAAUGCCAGCGGCGGUAUGCGACCUGGCCACAUCGCCAAGCUAGAGCCUGUGGCACAGAACGGGAUGGAGGAGUUCUUGCUUGACCUGACAGACUGGCUCAAACGCUUCUCCGAGUACUUCAAGGGAGACAUGGAGCACACGCAGAUCCUGGAAAUGAAGGGCUACGCGUCAAACUUCUUGGUGCGGUGCUCGACGCAGCAGCCGUCAAAAAUGCCAGUGAAGUCUGCGCAGAGUUCGCUCACUGUGUACUACACGGUGGCUUUCUCGGCAUUGCCAGAAGUCCCCAUGGUGCCGCGGCCAUCUGAUCCUCGGGUUGGCUUCUUUACCAACUCCAUCCUGGUAGGUGGGCCACGGCAGGCGACGACCAUCCAACACGUCAUCUCUAGGUGGGACCUAACAAAACACGACGAGCUCCAGUAUGUCAUCGAUCGGGCUGUACCAAAGCUGUACCAUGAGACCAUCAAGAAGGGCGUACAUGCCUGGAAUGCCGCAUUUGAGCCGGUGGUUGGCCGACCAGUGCUUCGCUGUGUGGGCCCAGAUGACAGUGACUACCCGGAGGAGUACCAUCCAGGCGAUGGCCGCCACAUCGCGAUCUUCAUGACCAACCCAUCGACAAAAGGUUUGCUGGGUUAUGGUCCAAGUGCCUUUGAUUAUCGAAGUGGUGAGAUUUUGAUGGCCAGCGUCAUGCUAGGCUUGAAGCCGCAUGUGAAAGUGCCCUCCGACUUGUCGGAAACCUUGCUAAAGUCACCGGACAGCAACUCCUGCCAGCAGCCGCUGCUAGACGCAGACGACCCGGACGUCAUGAAGUACUUGUUGGAGACUGUAGUGCAUGAGGUGGGGCACACCCUCGGACUGCGACAUAACUUUAUCGCAGCAGAGGACGGGCACUCCUCCGUCAUGGACUACCCGGAUGACCUGGAUACUUCCGAUCCUGCCAAGCCUGUCUUCGGUGGACACUUCCUCGGCGGGCCGGGCAGAUACGAUCACUAUGCCAUCAGCUACGGCUACACGCCGCUGGAGGAAGUUCGCGGGCAGCGCCAUGCCAAGCUCGAGCUGUUGGCAAAUGGCCAGUCGGUUGAGGAGGAAGAGGUUUCCGCCGAGCCUCAGAACCCGCUGUUUGCCUCGGACGAUGAUGUAGGCGGCUUGGAUCCGCGAGUGCAGCAGCGGAUGGCUUCCAUCGAGCGCAUGGGUGUUGACAAAAUCCUAUGGGCGCUGCAGCGUCGGAAGAUGCUGCUCGAACACGUGCAAAGUUCUCACGUUGAUUGCAACCUGUACAGCCAGCGGGUGCUGAACACCCUGGAGAUCUGCACCCGUGCUGUUCUGGCAGCGGGUGCCUACAUCGGCGGCGCCCUAGUGGAUGCCCGGCGCAGCGGCGUGCAACGCGUCGAAGCAGAGGCGGCACUGAGAUAUGUCGCCGUCGCUCUACACAUGUUGGUCGGCCCCGUCUUCCGUUUCGAGGGCGGCGAAAGCGACCGCCUCCUCGUUAGGCGAGAUGGGGAGUAUGGUGUCGCCCGCACCAGCGUUCUGGAGCUGCAGGGCCAAGCAUGCCAGAGCAUCCUGGGCCGACUUCUGGACCCAGCUGUACUCGCGCGGCACGAGGGCCAGCGCGAAACAGCCGUGGAGCCCAGGCCCCACAGCACGCUGGAGCUGCUUUCUGCCCUGGCUUUUGGCAUGCCCAGUGACUUCGACCUGGGACCUGCCAAGGAGUUAGACAAGGUGCCCGAUGGUCUCUUGUGGCCCCUGAGCCAUGACUUCCGCUUGGAGGAGGGCCACGUGGCCAGCCUGGCCGCUGCCACAGAGGAUCCACUAGCUUGCCAAGCCCGCUUGGCCUUUGCCAAGCUGGUCAAUCACCUGGCUCGCGAUCCGGGUGUCCAUGCCCUGGUGAG